CGCACAGAUUCUAAUUUUUUUGCACAAAGUUGCAGCUGAAGAUGGGAGGAGAGAAGGAUCAACUUCAUGCAGUCCUUGGUUCGCCUGGAAAUGGAAAGUUAUUAUUUGAUUGGAUGUGGCAUAGCUUUACAAAUAGAAUACGGAUGGAGAGAGACACGAUGAAGAACUCAGGGAAAGAGAAAGCUCUGAGCCAAGGCAAACUCGAACUCUCUGAGGAAUGCUUCUCUCUCUAUCUUAAGUUUCUUCAAUUUUUUUGGGAACUGUGAGGAUUACUUUUGGUUCCAUGGAGCAUAAAUUCCUGGUUUGUCCAGCUUAGCACCACAGCAGAUGUGUGGCAACUGCUCCCUUCAUUGACUUUCAAUAAUGGACAUUUAGUUAAAUUAUCCAUUCACCCAGUGUAGUUUCAAGGCGGUUUUAUCUAACAUAGACCUCCCUGGUCCCUCGUGGAUCCUUGCUCCCCCAGUUGUUGGAGAAAGUUAGAGGAUGUCUCACCAGAUAUACCUAGAAAUGGGUAUUCACUUAUUUAGUUCAGGAGUUCUCAUUUGGGGUUGCAAGUUCUUUCUCAACUGCUACCGGACAGGCAAUCCUGUCAAAUUUAUAAACUUUGUUGUUUGUCAGAAUAUGUAAAACCACAAGGAGAUAAUAGACUUGUAAUUAAGUUUUAGACUACUGCAAUUGAAAUUAUAGAAUACAUGGAAAAUAGCAGGGUCGAGUAGUUGAACAGAUUCAAUUUGAUGGGUUAUUCACUAGAACAGUAUAUCCUUAAAACUUUGCUAUGUUAAAAAUUCAGUCUUUUGCAGAUUGAAACCUGGGAUCAUCACUACUUGUGUAAUAAUUUAUGGUUGCAGAUCCGUAAAACCUCUAUUUUGACUAUGGUGAACACACUCUUACUGGAAUAAUGGAAUAGCUUCUUUUGGGCAUUGGGAAAAUGAAAAGGAGAAAGGGAAAGCAAAGCUGGGUUCAACUGAACUAGGGGGAAGCUCUGGAUCAGCGGUGGAACAAAAUCUAGUAGGCAUUGGAGACGUCUCCCUGAAGCAUUUUUACCUAAGGUAAGCCUUUUAAUUUUCGAUUCAAUGGUUCUUUUCUUGUUAUUAGUUAGUUCAUUCAUUUUCUUAAUUAUUAAUUUAUUAUAUUAUAUAUGCCUUUAUGUAAUCUGCUUGCCACUAUAGUCACAGGGAGGCUUUUUCUAAGGUAUAACUCGUGCAUGAGUCCUUGCUUCUCCAGUCAUUGCCUGGCUGCAUAUUGUAAUAUAAACUUUUUCCAUAAAAAAUGUUUCAGCUUUUCAAGGUAUUCACCAUCCCUCAUUUUUAAUCUCUCCUUUAGAAAAGCUAGAAAAUGUGUAUAUCAGUAGACUCUCAUUCCUCAGGCUAGUGAAUUCAAGGAGAUAAAUGCGAGUUCUCAUUUGGGGGCAUAUAUGCUUUUCCCAGAUGUACUUGAUCUCUACUAUAUUCUAUAGUUACGGUGGAGGAAAAAAAAAGAAGAAAAACACCACUCGAUUUAUGAGCAGGAUGAUGCAUUUGUGCAUGCUUAUAUGAUAUGGUGACGGGUGAUUACCAACUGAAAGAGAUAUGAGCCAAACGGUUGUUAAUUACCUUCCCCACAUACUGCAAUGCUUGAAGAUGGUUCCUUGAAAGAAUAGGCAUUUAUGGCAGAAUACUAAGGAAGAAGAAGGAGAAGGGGGGGAGGUAAUGAGGGUCUCUUUCCUAGAAGAAUAAAACCUUUAAGCACACAUGAACAAAUAUAUGAAUAAAUAUAGUUAAGAGGGAGAUAGAGAGAAAUAAUGGGGAAGAGGCUCUUGUUUUUCCGUAAAAGCAAAAGUCGCCACUUGAAGAAAAUGGCAAGGCAACAACGAUCGUCACCACUUCCACUAUUGGGAGGAGGCUUAUCACCGCCACCACCAUUGAUUGAUGGUGAUAGGAAUGACAAUAAUGCUAAUAGUUUGAGUGUGGGAAUGGUGGGGAAAGGAAAGAAGAAGGUUGGAGCUGUGAAGCUGUGGAUGAGGUUUGAUAAGUUUGGGAAUUCAGAGAUAACGGAAUGUGACAAAAGCACCAUAAUUAAGCGUGCGGCAAUACCCUCGAGGGAUUUGAGGAUUCUCAGUUCUGUCUUCUCUCAAUCCUCCAAUAUUCUUGCCAGGGAAAAGGCCAUGGUUAUCCAGUUGGAGUUUAUCAGGGCUAUAGUUACUGCUGAUGAAGUCUUGAUUUUGGAUCCUCUCCGUCAAGAAGUUCUUCCAUUUGUUGAACGGCUAAGGCAACAACUUCCUCAUAAAAGCCUAACGAACAUCCAGGGAGCUGACCAUACAGAUGUGAAAAGUAAUGAAAUGCAUGUUUCAACUAGUGGAAAAUGGUUGCCAGUUCCAGAAGCUGUUGAAGGUUUGGAAUGUGAGCUUCCAUUUGAGUUUCAGGUUCUGGAGAUCGCAUUACAGCUUCUCUGUAUGCAAUUUGACUCCUGUGUAGCAGACCUGGAGAGAGAUGCUUAUCCCUCAUUGGAUGAGCUGGUAAAGAAUGUCAACACCAAUAAUCUUGAACGUGUGCGGAGUUUGAAAUCCAAUCUGACUCGUAUGCUUGCACGUGUUCAAAAGGUGAGGGAUGAAAUUGAACAUUUAUUGGAUGACAAUGAAGAUAUGGCAAAUUUAUAUUUGACAAGGAAAUUGAUUCGGAAUGAGCAAUCCGAGGCUUUGUUGGGAGCUACAGCAUCAAAUAGUAUUGCAACUGCUGCAAGUGUGGUGGCUGGGAGCAUCUCAGAUGAUAAUCAUGUAGAGGAUUUGGAGAUGCUGCUUGAGGCUUAUUUUAUGCAGCUGGAAGGAACACGAAACAAGAUAACGUCUGUUCGUGAAUAUAUAAAUGACACAGAAGACUAUGUCAACAUCCAACUCGACAACAAGCGAAAUGAACUCAUUCAAAUCCAGUUGAUCUUAACCUCUGCAAUGGUUCCUGUAUCAUUGGAAUUUGCAAUGUGCGGGGCACUUAGCAUGAACAUUCCUUGUGUAUGGUAUAAUGUAAAUGGGAUAUUUGGCUAUAUUGUUGGAGGUAUGGCAGCAGGAGGUUUUUUGAUUUUCCUGCUGAUUUUAGGAUACGCUAGGUGGAAGAAGCUGCUUGGUUCAUGAGUCUUGACUCAUUGUCAAUUACAGAUGUAUGUUUCAUGCCUGAAAGUCGCUGGACUAAGCUUAUUUGCAUAUACCAGUAAAAGAAGUCAUUUAGAAUGUAUAUAAAAAGAUAUCAGCAACUGAUUUGUAUCAAAUUGGCUUUGAAUUUAAUUUUGAGAGAAUACAAUGAUGUGUUCAUGGCAAUGAAACUAGUCAGCCUUCUCUUUCCUUUUUUUCC